ACACCUUGGGUGGAGUAACCUGGUAUAUAUACAGAACAGCUCGAUGAAGUGCAGAUAAGGAGAGAAUUUCGAGGAGUUCCGAGACAGUACGCGUAGUCAAAGGUGUCCUCCUUCUGCUGAGAUUAAACCAUGUUUCGUUGCGGGAUUGCGUACCCACGGUGCAGAUGGAUCUUGCCGCUGCUUUUGCUUUUUGCCAUUAUUUUUGACAUCAUUGCGAUCGCAGCCACGUCCGGAUGGGUGGAAGACGAGGACGCCAAGUCGCACUACGCGAAUAUGUGGACACAAUGGCGCGGCAAGAAUGAUGCUUGGCUGAGCAAGUCGCUGAUGGAACAUCCAUGGGCCCAGGCUGUGGCAGCUCUGAUGAUCAUCGGUCUCCUCCUCCUCAUCAUCGCCUUCAUCAUCUCCUGUAUCGCCCUCUGCUGCACCCUCAACCUCAGCCUGACACCCUUCAUUGGCCUGCUAGUCUUCCUCACAGUCAUCCUGCAGAUCAUCGCACUCAUCAUCUACCCCGUCAAGUUCAACGAUGACUUCAUCUUUGAGGGCCACUACGACUACACCUGGGCCUACGGCUUCGGCUGGGGGGCCACCAUCUUGGCCAUCGGCUGCGGAAUCCUCUUCUGCUGCCUGCCGCGCUAUGAGGACGAGCUGAGUGGCCUGGCCAAGACAAAAUACAUCUACACAUCCUCCUAACCUCCCCCAAAAAACCCUGCACCCCGUUUCUCAAAACAAAACCAUUGUUGCUAACCUGCGGUGCGUUUCUCUCUGCGUUUAGCAACUUGCUUGGUUGUAAUGCAGUUUCCCAUUGGCUACGUAAUAAGUGGCUAACUGGUUAGUGUCGAUGCUUUCGAGAAAUGGGGUCCAGAACCCUGUUUCCCAAAAGCGUUGUCGCGAACCACCUAGCCACUUAAUUGGUUGCCCAUGGAAAAUUGCAAAGCAAUCAAGUAAUUCACUGAUGUAGUUAGAAACGGCGUUCUAGAGGAGCCCCAGUUACCAACUUACUUGGUUUCCGAUGAGAACUUGUAUUGCAAACAAUGCUAAUCAGCAAGCUAGCAACUGUGCUGUUAGGAAACACACCCCUGUUCACCACGUCCUUACCGUCACUGUCUCUUCUAUGGCAGCCAAUGGCAGCCAGUGGGACAGAAAUAUUAUGCUGUACAUCUUUUUUAAGACACUGUUAGAUUUAAAAAAAUAAAUAUUUAGAGGUAAUUCGAAGUAGAGCAUUUUCUCUCGGAUGUCCAAUGCUUGGUCUGCAGCUUUCUAUGUUUUGUUGUUUUUUGUUGUUGUUGGUCUUUUGUGUGCUCUUCUGUGCAGAACAUGGAAAGGAAUACCCUGUAGGUAUAGGUAAUAGGUGGAGUAUUGUGGUUAUGUUGUGUUAUCCUUUUGGUCUGUGUGUUUUGAGUUAUUUGUGUGUGUAGUUGAAAACUGUAAAAACUGAAAAAAUGUGUAAAUUGCCUGCCCCGGUUUUAGCUGUUCCACCUAAACGUCACACCUGCCAAGUUCUACAUCAUUCCAAUGGUUCAUAAGUGCACUUAUAAAGUUUUCCACCAAAAGAAGGAAAAUAAUUACAAAUUACUCAGGCUGGGGUGGAUGUCAUUCAUUGAAAAGAAAAAGAACCAACAUAUGUGUAAUGAUAUGUGGAUCUGUUGACUCAAUAUGAGUAUGUGAGAACAACUUCAUAAAGCACACUAAAAUUAUUAGGGGAAAUGUCUAAAUAGGUCCGAAUGUGUACUCGUGUUGCCUUCUGUGUUUCCAUGAAAUCCUUUAAGAUGAAUUUGGACAUUUUCUGAUCUUAAUGGCCACUAUAGUCUCACUAUAAUAUGCCAUUAAAAUGUUUUGUGCUCCAUAGAAACAACAGCAGGCCUGCUAAUUAUUGUUAAAUGAAAUCUUUCUAACAUAGUAUUGACAAUGAGUAAAUAUUAAGUUUCUCAAGAAAUGAAACAAUAUAUUUUUUCCAGAUGAUUGAUUUAAAAAAAGUACUAUGCAAUGUAUUUGUUGGUGUGUUUCUGUAUGUACUGUAUGUCUUUUACUGUAUGUGUUUUGUUACACUCGUUUGACAUACCUGGAUGUCGCACAAUGAUGAUGCAAUAUGAGUGAGAGUGAAAGGCGACACUAAGGGCAUAAUCUGGCCCAGGUAUUAAAGGUUUUUUUUUUACUGUUAUUAUUUUCAUUUUAUUUUUAUUUUAAAUUAUAGAUUUGUUAUCUACUUUCAUGAUAGAACACAUAUGUGGUCACUGUUUCUCAUAUGGCCACAGGGGGGGACGGGAAGAAAUCAUGUGUCCUUUAUUCCAUUAAUACUUUUUGUAAAACUCAAGCACAGUCCCUUUUACUCACAUCAUAGCUGAGAAUCACCUCUUGAUCUCUGUAAGAUGUGUGAGAUCUUUGACGGGCUAGAAAGGCCUCUUCCUUAGUCAGUUUUUUUACUUUCAUUUUGAACACUAAUAUCCAGAAUGUGCCUUAAUGUAGAUGCAUAAUAAAACAUUGAUGUCCUCCAUUCCGAUGUUUGAAUGUUAACUUCCAUUCGAAAACCAUGUUUUGUCCCCAAGAUGUAUUUUUUUUCACAAGAUAUAUUGGCAUAAAUGCAAUUGAGGUCCUAGUUUUGAGUCUGUUUGCAGAAGUUUGUUUGUAUUUUUAUGCAAUAAAAAGUUACCAAGA